AUGUCGGUAGAGGUGGGGUCCAACCCUUUCCGACCCGAUGGUGAACUAAGCAGGGAAGCCGAAGACAUUAUUAAAAACUCAACUAUAUUGCGUGAUAAGGUUAUCAUAAAUGAUCCCUCGAUGAGGCGUCCAGAAAACGGCAUUCCUCAUUCUCUUGAGAGUCCCCUAAAAGUCGAGUCGACCUCACAAGGUAAUGAAUCUGCACCACUGUGCGAGGGUAGUCCUAUUUGGACGGGCGAGGUGGUAUCCGGUCAGAUUUCCUUCCCAGUGACGGAGGAAACUGUGGCGGCUGCAGACGGAAUGCAGCCAAUGCUUCAAGUCGAACAUUGUGUCCGUGACGUGCAAACGAUCAUGUACGUGGUUUUAUUUGUGCGAAGUCAGUGCACUUAG